GCCGCACACUGGAGGAACUUGCCUACGCCAAGUGUCAUUCGUGAUACUUGGCGUAAGCACUUUCCUCUAGUGUGCGGUGCCGUUUGGAGCGCUUUUUGUCACGCGUGUCACUUGCAUCUGAUAUUCAACAUGUUGAAUAAUUUUUGCCACGAGUGAUACUUUACUCCAAGUGUGCGGUGAACGAAAGCUUCUAGCUUACAGCUUCAAUCUAAUACGCAUGCGUUGUGUGCACUCUGAUACAACAAAACAAACAUGGCGGCGAGCCCCAGCUCUACCAGUGCAGUUGUUGCCGAAGCAAUUUUGGAAGACCAAAUCGCUGAUUUGUGGCCUGAAUACCCAUGCCUAUACGAUGUUAGGUCACCAGAGUUUAAAAAUAGAGAAAUGAGAGAGCGUGCUUUGGAAGAAUUGGCUGAAAAAUUGGGUCAAACUGUUGCAUGGUUAAAAUCUAAAUUGAAAGCAUUACGAAAUAGUUACGUGAAAGCCAAGAAACCAUCAGCAAGUGGGAGUGCUAGGAAAAAUCCUACGAAACGGUCAACGUGGCUGUUGGAGAAAUUACAGUUUUUAGCUCCCCACGUGGCUUUUAGGGCGUCUGUUUCCAACUUGGAUACGGUGUCAUGUACAACACCUACAUCAGAUCUCAGCACUGUAGAGCUUGAUGACAGCAUUGAAGAUGACAAUUUCUCAAUUGACAAUGAAUCAUGGGAAAACAAUGAUACUGACACAAUUGAAAUAGUAAAGUCAACAAAAGAACCACUCAAAUCCAGGCAAAUUAACACAAAAAAGAGGCAAGCUGAUCACGAAUAUUCCUUGAUAAAAAAUCUUUCUGAUUCAAUUUCUCAAAGAAACAAGAAACCCAAACCUGAUGAAACUUCAAAAAAACAAUAUGAUGCAUUUGGAAAAUAUGUAUCUCAAGCACUAUCAGAUUUGGACAGUGCAACACGUCAUCUGGCCCAACAUCAAAUAAACAAUAUUAUAUUCCAGGCUCAAACUGGAAUGCUAACUCAGGAUUCACAACAAGCAGUGGUGGUACAACCAAAUACAACCAAUUUCGCCCAUACAAUCAUAUCACAUUCCCUCGACAAACAACUAUCCCACAUCUCCAUUCAACUAAGCAAGUCCUCCGCUACAUAA